CAGGCCAACCUCUCGACUCACGACCCACGCAACAACCCACCCCCAUCUCUCUGUGAAGUGUGAGAUUCCGAUCUAUCCGGAAGCGGCGAGUGACCCUCUCCAGCGGCGGCGACGAUCACGGCCGGCGACCACGACUCUUGGACGGCCAGACUCUCUCUCUUUCUCUUUCGCUGUAGAAGAAACGACCCACGAUAGCUUUUUCUCGGAGUUCAUCAGAACCAGAAGGUGUGGACGAACGAGAAUCCCUAAAAGCAGCUGGCAGAAAUUGUUGGUGAAGAAGAGAGAUGUAUAACGGUAUUGGGUUACAGACGCCAAGAGGGUCUGGUACAAAUGGUUACAUUCAGACCAACAAGUUCUUUGUGAGGCCGAAGACCGGAAAGGUUGCUGAAAGCACCAGAGGAUUCGAAGAAGACCAAGGUACUGCAGGUGUUUCCAAAAAACCUAACAAGGAUAUCCUUGAACAUGAUCGCAAGCGUCAGAUUGAACUCAAGCUCGUCAUACUCGAGGACAAGCUCAUCGACCAAGGUUAUACAGAUGAGGAGGUUUCUGAAAAGUUGAAGGAGGCUCGAAAAACAUUGGAAGCUGCAUCAGAUCAGGAAGAAAAAGGUGGACCUUCGGCCAUAGUACUUUUAGAUAAGAGGAUCUCAGAUACGCAGACCCACCAAAUUGCUGCGAGAAAGGAGGAGCAGAUGAAAACAUUGAGAGCUGCUCUUGGGUUGGGCUCAUUGGAUGAUAGUGAGCAACUUAAAGAAGGGAUUUCUGAUCCAUUAGAAAAUAGCAGAGAAGGUGAAAAUUCUGAUAUUAAGCGUCGUGAGAAGUCUGAACAUGCUUUCUUGGAUAGAGAAUUGAACUGGAAAAAGCAUGCAAAGGAAGCACACAAUGAUGAUAAGGAUAAAAAAAUAAGGGUUUCAAAGGAGUCCAAAGGUCAUAAGAAAGAUAGGAAAAGAAGGCCCAAGGAUGAUUCUUCUGAUACUGAUUCUGGUGGAGAACAUAAGGGAACCAAGAAGAACUUGAGAGAUAAUCGAAGAGACGAUUCUGAAAGUGACAUUGACAGCGAUGUUGACAAGAAAUACAUCACCUCACGGAGGUAUAAGAAAAACAGGAGGCAUGAUAGUGAUGAUUCUUCUGAUACUGAUUCUGGCGGAGAGUAUAAGAAAGCCAAGAAGAACUUGAGAGAUAAUAGAAGAGAUGAUCCUGAAAGUGACCCUGACAGCGAUGUUGAUAAGAAAUACAUCACCUCAAGGAAGCAUAAGAAAAACAGAAGGCAUGAUAGUGAUGAUUCUUCUACUGAUUCUGGUAGAGACCAUAAAGGAACCAAGAAAAACUUGAGAGAAUAUCAAAGAGAUGAUCAUGAAAGUGAUCCUGACAGUGAUGUUGACAAGAAAUACUUCACCUCAAAGAAGCAGGGGAAAAGCAAAAGACAUGAUAGUGAUGAUUCUGAUUCAGUUACAGAUGAUGAUGAUUUCGGGAAGGGCAGACAUAAGAAAGGAUCUGGUAGACCUAAAAGUCAAAAGGUGAAGAAGAAGCUAGGAAGCCGGAAACAGGAGUCGACUGAUGAAUCCAAUUCUGACGUUGGGACUGAUGAUAAAGGCAGGCUAUCGAGGCACAAGAACCAUCAGGGUAAAAGACGCAGGGCAGAUAGUGAUAGCUCUGACCAUGACGGUUCUGAUUCAGAUGUAGGUCGCAACAAGAGUAAGCAUAGGUAUCAUAGCAGAAGUGUGGGGAAGGACAAGGUAGAUAGUGAAUUUGAUACCGAAAAGUCAAGAAAGCAUCCUAAAGAAGAUGUUGGGAGACACAGGCAUGAUACCGAUGACAAAGAAAGUGGUGAUUUUAGCCAUAGCAGUGAUGAAAAAGUGGAGAGGCGCAAAAGUAAGAGGUAUGAUACUGAUGAUGAAUCUAAUGGAGGAGGUGAACGUUUUGAUAGGAAAAGUGGUAAGAUAGCCACAAAGGGGAAAAUAGCCGCUAAAAAGCAAUAUGAUGACAGUGAUAGUUCUGAUGAUAGUCGUGCAGUUGAUAGAAAAGGCCGUAAUAAGCAUGAGAGAGCUAAGAAACAUACGAUAGGUGAUGGUUCUGGUCUAGAGAAGGGAUUCAAAUCAAGUGGUGGAGCUCGUGAAGGAGGAAAAGGGAAUUUAAAUCAUGCAGAUGGUUUGGAUGAGCCGGUGACUGCAGAUGAUAACAAUUCGUACAAGUCUAGGAAAGAUGCUAUCGAUGAGUUCAACCAUGCAAAUCAACAUACAAUGAAAAGCAAGAGAAAGUUUGAUGAGGGUGGUGAAAAUGAGCAGCGAGAAGCAAAAUCUAGAAACCGAAAUUCUACAAGAGAGUUGGGUUUCUAUGGAGACCUCAAGAAGGAUUCCAAAAUUGAUUCUGGAUCAAACAGUAGAGCAGGCAAUAAUAGGUAUGAUGAGAUGAGGGAUGGAUGGCACAGGGAGGACCCAAAAGUUGAUUCCGAAUCAAAUACUAGAGCACGCUAUAGUAGUAUGCAUGAUGAGGAUGACCGCAGCAAGUUGGAUCGAACAGGAAGCAAAUAUAAUGAAGAAACAGAGCAUGGAAGUAGACAUUAUCGUAAGGCUAAUGAGUCUCACCGUCACGGUAGUGCCAGUCCAGAUAUUGAAGAGGGAAAAAGGCAUAUCAGAUAUGAGGAGCAUAGAGGGAGAAAGCAUGAAAGAGAUGAGGAUCUAAAAUCCAGCAGGGAAGUUGAACGGGGAGAGUAUCAACCAAGCAGCAAGCUGGGAAGAUCUGAUAAAGAUUAUGAAAGUAGAGAAUCUAGGGAAGUUGAGAGUGGGGAGUAUAAGCCAAGCAGCAAGCUGAGAAGAUCUGAGAAAGACUACGAAACUAGAGAAUCUAGGAGAGAUAGGGAGACGGAUUACAGAAAGAGGGCCAAAUAUGACGAUUCUCGAUCAAGCAGACGUGAUGAUUAUUAGGGUUGGGUCCCAAAUUCGUACCAUAACUUAUCUCUAUCAACUCUAGAAUUUGAAUCAUAUGCCUUGUUAGCAUGCAUCCGAAGGUUGAAUCGUCUGUUUUUUUUUUUUUUUGAAAUGGAUGACGGAUCUUCGUAAAAGAAUGAAAUGAUGUUUGAUUUCAGUCAGCGUCCUUUAUUCACUUCAAAACUUGGUAAAGAAAAAUUUCCCUAGCGCCUGUUUGGUACUUAUCUUCUUACUGUAGUUGGAUGCUUGAAGCUGUAUUUUGAUUCAUCAAGUGUUGCAUUGUUUUCUGUAAAUGGUUCAAAUUUUAGUUUGACCAUUAAUUUUCAUUUCAUCCAGCACUUGGGGAUGAUUGUUUUUGAAGCUCUUGUUGAUUCUUCGUCAUGUGUUUUAUCUCUUGAAAUGAACCUUUUCUUGCCGGUUGGAAUGAAA